UAUGUUGAUAGCGGGCACCAUGAGCAGAAUGAAUCAGUCGCAACCAUGAAGAAGUAAAUGACAUCCGCCCACGCCCACCUCUUCUACGAGCAGUCGUGGGACAUUCGAUACUCGAACCUCUUACGGCCUUGAGUUCGACAACCGACACCGAGAGCAGCAAGGAGGAUGAAGCGCCUAUUCCAAAUCGGUCCCCAGUUCUUGGGGAACGGCAAGGUCAAGUUCGCCUGGCAACCUAGUGGAAACCUGGUUGCUGCAGUGGGGGAGAAUCAGAGGAAUGUUUUCCUCUUCGACCGAACCGGCUCCGAGGUCAUAGCAGAAGUAGCUCUGAAGAGUAUUGGAGCACCGGUCACCUGUAUGGAAUGGGACCCAGAUGGCGAGGUUUUGGCGAUUCUACAACAUGGGGAUCCGGGUGUCCUGUUGUGGAAUAUUGCGACGAGAAAGACGGAGAUAUUGGAGGUACUCGGCUUCGGAGUCUAAUCCAGUAGACAUAAGAUAGGGUGAAGAUACUGUGGUCUACACCUAGCUAACUUGUACUUAUCUGACCCGACGACCCCAGCAGCAGAGUCUACUUCGAAUGGUGCUGGUAUUUGGUAACCUGAUUUUGAUCAUGAGGAAAACAAGAAGGGAAUCCUUGGGAUCGAAUUCAGGUUACGAAAUACCAGAACCAAACAUACUUGAUAACGCCAGGUCUCUUCCCGCGACCCUUCCUUCCUAGUAUGGUCGCAAUCACCGGGUACGACGCUUGCGAUCGGCACCAACAAGGGUGGCCUAUUGCUCUACAACAAGCGGACCAUGAAGAAACAGACGAUCCUGGGGAAACACAGCAAGAAGAUAAGCUGUGGCAUGUGGAGCUCGGCUCAAAGUUUAUGAAUGAAUGGCCAUAGUGGUGCUCCUGUGUAAUUCCCCAGUUUGUGUAUACGAUACACUGUAUGGCCAUAGUGGGCCGGCAUUGUGGAAUCCUAAGUACUUUUAAGGCUACCGCUGAAGCAUCCGCAACAUUAUCCUUGGCUCUUUUUCUACUUGAAAAGGAAGCCAGGGAUGCUCUCAGGGAUGCGACCGCGGUAGCUCUAAUACUUGGAUAAGAUUCAGGUAGGUCUUGUAGACGCAUCGUCCCAGAUGUCUGUCGUAUAUUCGACAUCUAAUCCCCGCCAGCAGUCCAACCAGCCAGGGUCGAGGCACCAAAGCCGGAGACGAAAAUAUUCUAGCUUUAGGGAGUGAGGACAGAAAUGUGACGAUUUCGCGGGAAGACGGCGACUCAGUGGAACAGAUGCAGUUGAGAGCAGAGCCAGAACAGCUUCAGUUUUGCUCUCCAGGCACACUAGGAUCGCCAGGCGGGUCGAUGGUGGAAGGAGGUUAGUAGAGUUUUAGAGGGCCAGGGGCCUCGUUUACCUUGAAUACUAAGUACAACGAUUAUAGUCUCAUGAUAUUAUUGAUACCAUCAGGUGAACCACUACACUGCCGUCCUCUUCCCUGUUCAGCUUCGUACUCCUUGUCCCUCACGAUCUUUUCUCUCCUCACCAGGUUCUUCCUCCUCUUCUUCUUACGUCUCGUUUUUGCAGAAUAAAAAGUCCGUCGUUCUGCUGAACUGGAAGACCUCUUCGAUGCAGGAGCAGACCUUUCCUGACAAAUACGGCCAAAUCACCAGCUACGUGUGGGCAGAAUCGACUUUGCUGGUCGGUUUUGCUUCUGGGCACGUGAUGGCGUUGCAGUUUAGUGGAGGAGAGAAGGUACUUCGACUGUUGCAGUUGAACUGAAAAUUCUCAUGGCACAAUGAAGAUUUUCUCCACUGACUCCUGCUUUUCUCCAUAAAAGCACCAUGUUGUUCCCCUCACAACACUCCUCGUCCAGGAAGAGCUCCUGAACGUGAAGCUGCAUGGGCAAUCUGUGAACCAAGUCGCUGGGUCACCUGAUGGUCUCAAAAUCGCCAGCUCUUGUGGGGAAACAGGCGAAAUCCGCUUUCUAGACACCAGGAACUGGCGAGAACAGAAGUCCAGUCGGAUUCAGUUUUCACCCGAGGGACGAUCCACGCAGUUGCACUGGAGUCAGGAUGGGCAGUUGUUCACGUUUGCGACUAGUAACGGAUACUUGUACUGCUAUUUGGCGAGAUUGACCUCCCUAUCUAGUGUCUGCGGAGACAAAGUCUGUUAUCUGACGAGUCUCAAAGAAAUCAGCGUAGUCUCCGCAAAAAGCGUGAUCACGCAGACCUCAACGGACCUGCAGAAGGAGCCCUAUGCGAGCAUAACCUGCGCAGUUGAGCCGUCGUUCUUGGCAUUAGGCCCAAGACACGUUUGCGCGGGAAUGAAUAACCGGGUUUGGUUCUACUCCCUUCCUGCUGGUGAACUCUGCCUAGAACAAGAGCAGAUGGGGACGAUAGAUAUGGCUUAUUUUAAAUAACCUCACACAAUCACAAACGCAAUCACAACCACGAAGAAGUCAAUAGCUAUCACGCAGGUCUUUGUGUUAACACCAACUUGAAGUUGAAAGUGAAACUUCCUAGGCCCAACCACGUCGUUACGUCUACUGAAGCUUCCAACAAGUAGUUGUUACAACGUCCUGCUCCUGCCUCAUCAUCUUGCUCUAACCUCCAAGCCGUCGCUCUCUCCGCCACCCACGCUGCCACGUUUAUAGACGGGAAGAUCUCCCUGAACCGUCUUCCCGGUAGCCCAGAUGACCGCGAAAGACUGGGCAACAGCCACAACGAAACGCAACUUUUCCAGAAGAAAUCCCUUGCACCUCUGGUCGCUGGAGAAUUCCUGCUCUACGUGAGUCUGCCAAACAUCAUCGUGCACUACUCGCUGAGCGAUUUUUCAGAGGUCAACGAAUACAGGCACAGCAUUGCAGUCAAAGCCAUAUUUCCGAAUCAACUCGGGACUCGCGCAGCGGUGUUAGACACUUCCGGUAACUUGUUCGUUUACUCACCAGUCAGCGACGAGACAGUGCCAGUUCCACAGGCCCCGCAGCAUGUGAAGGAACUCUUGUGGGACGUGGUAGACACCAACGCUUUCGUGUUGUCCGACUCGAAUAACAACCUCUAUGCCUACUACUACAUGCCAAACUAUAUGGGAGGAGCGAUCGUGCGAAGACUCAGCGAAGAAUACACCUUCGACAUGAAAAGCAAGAUUAUGGACGACGGCAGGGUCUUAUUUGUUUCAAUUUGAAAGGUUCAUGUUCAUCUACAGGGUCUUACCUCGAAUUUGAAAGGUUCUUGCUGCAAAAGAUUAUGUUCUUCAGUUGAACUUGAUGGUAAUGCGAUUAUGAGAAACUACAGCUUCGACCAAGAGGUGGAGUCUUUCUCACCUCUAAGACUAGUCUCGAGUCAAAGGGUCCAGACUUUGAGGCGAUGGCUGUUCCGACGGACAACAAAUUACUGCUUCUCUACGACGGCAAAGCGAUCUCACAGAGUGCAAUGGGUGGACUCGACUCCUUCAAUCUGAGGACACAUAAUUCUUUGGUACCUCCUUGCUGUACCUGUACCUUUUUUUGUGGAGGAGCACACUUUUUUUGCCUCUCAUCUCGUUCUUGUGGAGGGGCUGUCAAGUGUCUAGCGGAUGAAUAUUAUUUUUCAAAAAAUCAACUCGUCAAGCUGUCAACACAUCAGUCUCCUGUCAUACUACAUUUCCCUUUCUUCACACUACAUGAUAAUCCUAGGUUCCCUACGACACGCAAGGUCUGGAGAAAGCCUUCUUCCAGUGUCUAGGCCUCAACAGGCUCAACACAGCUUACAAUUAUGCAGCUCAGAUGCGACAAAAGCGGAUGUGGGAAGUUUUGGGGUGGUUUGCACUCGAAUGUCUAGACGUCGAGGUAGCAAAGAAAGCCUACGCCAGAUUGGGAACCUCACCAGGGAUGGUUUUUUGCCUAAAGGAGCUGGGCGAAAUCGAAAGCAAACAAGAGUUGAGCGGACAUAUUUACCAGUAUGGAUGGGGUGUGUGUGGUCGUCAUAUUUUUGCUACUCACAUACUUGAAACAACAAAAUAAAUGAAAAUGAACAUCCAGAAGAAUUGUUCAACUUUCAAAUUUUUUUUGGCUUUCUAACUCCCAGUCGCAGGCAAGUUCCGCGAAGCACAAGAAUCCUGGCUCAGUUGCGGUGGCACCUACGGUCUAGAGGCCUUGUGGAUGCAGUUGGAUCUAAUGAACUACGCUGAAGCGAUUCCUUUAGCUCAGGCUUACGCACCAUACAAACUGCCGGUCAUUUACCUGCGAACUGCGCGAACGAUGGAACACAAAGGCGAGUUUCAAACAGCGCUCCAGUACUAUCAGCAAGCCGUGAUCCGAUUAGAAGAUGCCGCGCUGGCUGGUGGCGGUUUGGACAAAAAAGUCAACGCCCAUAACAUCGAAGUGCAGAGUGGAUUGGCGAGAGCGUUGAUUCGUAAUUUUGGACUUUGAGGGAUUUUCCGUGACUUCAGACAACAAAACUCUUUGGUUAGAGAUUCUCUUCUUCUAGUGUCACUUCAGAAGAGCAUUGUCACAAACAGAAAUAUCUCACAUCCGCAUCAGGUACCGGCGACAUCCCCAACGGUAUGCGCUUCGCCAAAGAGGUCAACAGUCUCAACCUCUACAAGGAAUGCGCAGCCCUUCUCGAAGCCAUCAAGCACAACGUCGAGGCUGGCCAGAUGUAUGAGAAAGCUGAGAAUUACGAGAAAGCCGCGAUGCUUUAUAUCCAAGACAUGAACUUUGAUGCCGCAACGCCACUCUUGUCAAAGAUCCAGACGCCAAAACUGUUUCUCCAGUACGGAAAGGCGAAGGAGAGUCGUGGGGAGUACCGAGAAGCUCUGGAUGCGUAUGAAAGAGGCAAGGAUCACGAAAGUGUGGUGCGUUUGCUGCUCAAUCACCUGGAGAGACCGAGCGAAGCGUUUCAAUUGGUGCUUUGAAAUGCAGUUCAGUUUCACUUUAUCUGAUAAUAUCAAAUCUAAUUUACUUAGAUUUAGUUUUCAAAUAAAUAGUUAAGUCCGAAUAGAACUGCAAUGGAUGCAUAGUCCGAAAAAUAGAACCACGCAAAUACUAUAGCCGUAACCUCCUCUACUUCUCUCCAGGUCCGCGAAACUCGCCUUACCCAAGGGGCAGAACUUAUUUCCGAAUAUUGCAGACGACGUGGGGAUAUCAAGAGUGCAAUCGAAUUUUUGCUCAUCUGCAACAAUAGAGAAGAAGCCUUCCACUUGGCCUCCACGCAUGAUGAAAUGGAUGCUUUUGAGAGUUCCAAAGUCCAAUUCGAAGAUCCAGAGUUCUACAGGAAAAUCGCAGCUUACUACGAGACGAGGUCAAUGCUGGACAAGGCAGCCUUGCACUUCGCGAACUGCGGAGACAAUGAGACUUUAUGUUUGGUUGUAGGUAGUUAGCUUUUCCAGUCCACUUCUUCGUUGCAAAAGAAAUUCACUUAAGCUACCGCGUGAGUUGCAAAGGUCUCCGUUGUCAUGGAACACAAAUACCACACCGCUGCAUUCUGGUUCCGUUCCCCACAGACACACACCCUCCACCUCUUCAUACGCCAGUGUCCGCUUGUACCUGAAAUCCGGCAGUGACGCAGACCUGCUUGCUGCGAUUGAUGUGGUAGGCAAAGCCAGAGUGGAGAAGCUCACUGUAGCGCUUAUUGACGCGCUAAUGGGCGACACCAACGCUAUCAACGCGGGCGCAGUCCCUGCGCAUCGCGUGACUUCUACGGGUAGCAAGGAUCCCUCGUAUGUGUACAAGUUGCACAAAGCGCUCGGCAAUUGGGAGCAAGCGGCCAAGACAGCUUUGUUGAUCGCGAAGCAAGAACAGUUAUGUUGGUCAACAUUUACAGUGUCCGUCAUUCAUCUCGGCAUCUUCUUGGUCCCCUUUUGUUCCCUUGAGUAUUAUUCCUUUAUGAAAUCAUGAUAUUACAAGGUAAAAAAAGGGGUCCUCAAGAAGAUCAGGGGGCCGACGAGAUGCAAUCUACAUCUAGCAGACUCUAAAACAGGAUGCUGGAAAUUACCGAGUCGCUCACGACUUGAUGUACUCUACAGUACGCGACUUGACCUCACAGAACUUGCCGGUUGGCUUGGAGCUGUACAGGAGACUGACGCUCUUGCAUUCGUACGUGAUCGUGAAGCGCAUUGUCAAAUUAGGCGAUCACCACAACGCGGCUACCAUGUUGCUUCGCGCAGGCAGCAACAUCGAGCAAUUUCCGGAACACGUGGUGCCGAUCUUGACGUCAGUAGUGAUCGAGUGUCAACGAGCAGGGUUGAAACAAGAAGCCUACACGUAUGCAGCGAUGCUGAUGCGACCGGAGUACAGAACACAAAUUAGCGAGCAAUACAAGAGGAAAAUUGAAACGAUCGUGCGGAAAAAGCAGUCAGCAGACGAGGGUGCGCCGCCUCCGGACUUAUGACUACAAUAGUUUGAAAAUCAUGUAAUAGACACUUAAAAUCAAAAAGAACAUCUUCUUCAUCUUCUGUCAUGAUGAUAGAUGAAAAGAAAGAGGACGUUCUCUUCUACUACGUGUAGUUUCUCAUCUUGUUGAUGACCUCUCUUUUCCAUCCCCUGCUUCUAAAGACCGCCAUCUCCGCUGGCAAUGCUCCUUGCCCCUACUGCGCAACAAUGAUCGCACGAUCGUCAGUCGAUUGCAGCCACUGCC